AUGUUUGAAUUUUUUCUGAUCCUGUUUCUUUGCGUACUUUUGUACAAAUAUUUACAGCAGUACAGAGGGUGUGGCACCAAUCUACCUCCAGGACGAAUGGGCAUUCCGAUUUUAGGAGAAUCUUUGCAAUUUCUACAUAAAAAGGCAAAAUUCUUUGAAGGAAAACGAAAAGAGCAUGGCAAUAUAUACAAGACACAUUUGUUCGGAAGACCCACUAUACGUAUAUCAGGAAAGAAAAAUCUUGAAAAGUUGUUUGCAGCCGAGAACAAGCUUCUGCAAUGUGCUUACCCCACUUCCGUGUGGAAAAUUUUAGGAAAGAAUUCCUUGUCCUCGUCUACAGGUCAAGUGCAUGCGGAGAAAAAAAUACAACUCCUAAAAUGUCUGUCUCCGGGAUUUUUCGACCAAAAUUUACCCGUUGUCUCCGACUUUUUGACUGGACGUAUUUAUGAAUGGUGUCGCAAGUCGUCUAUUGAGAUUUUUGCCGACUGCCACUCUAUGUUUUUAGAACUAGCAUCUACAUUUUUAGUCAGUAUGGAUAUGCCGAAAGACGAAAGAAAAAAGAUACAGACACUUUAUCAUGACAUCACAAACAACCUCUUUACGUUACCGCUUAACAUACCUGGAUUUGGCUUUCACAAGGCAUGUAAAGCAAAAGAAGAAUUAAAGAGCUUGUUCUUAAAGAGAAUAAAGGAAGACGGAAAGACGUGUUCGCAGCAGUUUCCAACCGUACUGGAAAAAUUCUGCAAAUCUCAAAAUUCGGAAUUUGACAAUGACGAUUUGCUGAAUGGCAUUUUCGAACUUAUAUUUAAUGCAGGUGAGACGACCAGUACAUCGGCCAUGUGCGCACUUGUCCAUUUGUCCAAACAUCCAGAAGUUCUAGAAAAGCUUCGACAAGAACUAUCGAACAUUGACCUUUUAGCUCCUCCCGAAGAAAAUAACAAUAGUGAGGUGGAGGUAACGACGGAAAUCUUUAACAAACUGCCAUAUUUGGAUUGUGUUUACAAGGAGAUACUGCGGGUGACUCCCGCAGUGGGCGGGGCAUACAGGAAGGUCUUACAGACGUUUGAACUCGAGGGAUACACUAUUCCUGAAGGUUGGACGGUGGUUCUUGGAAUUCGAGACACGCAUGAACUGGACAGCAAUUUAAAAGACCCUUUGACUUUUAAUCCUGACCGCUGGCUGCAGGCCGAUUCAUCUAAAAUAUCUUUCUUUCCCUUCGCCAGUGGACCGCGGAGGUGCCCCGGAAAAGGAUAUGCACAUUUAAUUUUAAAACUGUUUAUUAUCAAACUAUGUCAGCAAUGUAACUGGACAUUGUCAGAACCCAAUCCGGAAAUGGUUGCCAUGCCAACACCUCGACCAAAAAACAAACUUAUGGGAAGUUUCACUCUACGGGAGCAUUAUAAGGAAUAAAGACAAGUAAAUUAUUCAGUUUUCUCGAUCAUAAUGAUAAAAAAUCAUAAAUAAUUAUGUCGAAAAAUCACAGAUCAUGGGUUAAAUUGUAUUGUAAAUGAAUAAUUGGUAUGUUUAACAAUGCUCAUAUGUGUGAUUGAAUUGGAAAAAUAUGUGCAGAAUAUUGGGUGUUGUAAGUUUGUGUUUGCAUUUUUAUAUUUUUAUUGUAGCGAAAUAAGAAAAUGAAUUCCCCACUGACCAUUAUGUACAUUCUUGUGUUUAUAUUAAUGUUCUUUAGAUAAUAAGUCGUAAAGGCAUUGUCUUCUAAUUCCUAGCAAGAAAUGCAAUGUACAUUUAAUCCCGGUGUCAUUUAUUUUAAAUUUUUUUUAUGUGUAUUAUAUUUUGUAUAUAUUGAUUUUAUUCUAAUUUAUUAGUAAAAUAAUGAGGAAAAAAUGAGAAUAAAAAGUGUAUAUGGCA